AUGACCAUGUACUACACGGAGAACGAAGAAGUUCUCGGCGAGUGGCGGAAGAUUCCAGAACUGGAAGUGUUUGUAAACUACUUCACUACGCAAUGA